AUGCUCACAUCCCUCCCUUUCUUCUCCAAGUCUAUUUCCUUCGAUCCCGUUAAGGACAUCCCCUCCCUCGCAGGCAAAGUCAUCCUCGUCACUGGCGGCAACUCUGGCCUUGGCAAGCAAUCCGUCCUCGACCUGGCACGCCACUCCCCCGCGCAAAUCUACCUCUGCGCGCGCAACGUUGAAAAGGGCCAUGCCGCAGCCGAAGACAUCAAAAAGCAAGUCCCUGGCGCGAACAUCACCGUUCUAGAACUGGACCUCGCCUCCUUCGACUCAAUUAAGAAGGCCGCUUCUACGGUGCUAGCCCUGUCCCAGCGUCUCGAUAUCCUCCUAGCCAACGCAGGGAUAAUGUACGCGGACCCCGCCCAAACAGCCGACGGUUACGAAUUGCAAUUCGGCACCAACCACAUGGGCCAUGCCCUCCUCGUCAAACUUUUGCUCCCCCUCCUCACCAAAACAGCCGAGACCCCCUUGGAAGACAACACUACCCCCUCCGUGCGAGUCAUUUUCCUGUCCUCCAUGGCGCACAUGUUCCUGUGGAAGAAAGAUGCUGUCACCUUCGACGACUGUCUCAAAUCCCCAGGCGACAACAUCUCCUGGAUGACGCGCUACGCGCGCAGCAAGCUGUCCAACCUUCUCUACGCCCGAGCGCUGGCAAAGCGAUAUCCUAAUCUAACGGUCGUGGCAGUGCACCCAGGUGGUGUGAGAACGAGUCUGAUUGAGGAUGCAUCAAAGGCGUCGAUUGUGACGAAGAUUAUGAGUCGUUUUCUGGCGCCGGUUGAGCAAGGGGUGCGGAAUCAAUUGUGGGCGGCUACCGCGAAGGCGGGAGUAGUUAGUGGAGAGUAUUACGAGCCGGUUGGGUUGAAGGGGAUGAGGUCGGGGAAUGCGAAGGACGAGGGGCUGGCAGAGAAAUUAUGGGAGUAUACGGAGAAGGAGUUGGAGGGGCAUUCGUUGUGA